AUGGCGCUGAACCAGGGCCCGGCCUUGCUGGACGGAGAGUUCCCGGAGCAGGAGAACGUGCUGCAGCGGGUGCUGCAGCUGCCGGCCGUGAGCGGCGCCCGCGAGCGCCUGCAGAAGACCUACAGCAGCACCAAGGACGCGCACCCGCUGGUGGCCUCGGUGUGCGGCGCCUACGAGCGGGGCGUGCAGGGCGCGGGCAGCCUGGCCGCCUGGGGCCUGGAGCCCGUGGUCCGCAGGCUGUCCACCCAGUUCACGGCGGCCAACGACCUGGCCUGCCGCGGCCUGGACCACCUGGAGGAGAAGAUCCCGGCGCUGCAGUACCCGCCCGAGAAGAUCGCCUCUGAGCUGAAGGACACCAUCUCCACCCGGCUCCGCAGCGCCAGGAACAGCAUCAGCGUGCCCAUCGCCAGCACCUCCGACAAGGUCCUGGGGGCAGCGCUGGCCGGCUGCGAGCUCGCCUGGGGCGUGGCCAGAGACACUGCCGAAUAUGCCGCCAGCACGCGCGCUGGCCGCCUGGCCUCUGGUGGGGCCGACCUGGCCCUGGGCGGUGUGGAGAAGGUGGUGGAGUUCCUCCUCCCCCCGGCCGAGGGGGACGCAGGACAGCCACCGGUCUGGAAGCCUCCCCAGGCCCCGCCGAGCCUCGUGAGCAGGGUGGGCGUCCUGGCCAACACCCUCUCUCAGCACACCUUCCAGACCGCGGCCCGGGUGCUGAAGCAGGGCCACGCCCUGGCCAUGUGGAUCCCGGGGGCAGCCCCCCUGAGCAGCCUGGCCCAGUGGGGCGCGUCGGCCGCCAUGCAGGUGGUGCAGCGGCGGCGAGAGAGUGAGGUGCGGGUGCCCUGGCUGCACAGCCUGGCGGCUGCCCUGGAGGAGGACCGCGACGACGACCACACAGACACGGAGGGCGAGGAGACGGAGGAGGAGUCGGAGCCCGAGCCCGAGGAAGACAAGUGCAGGGAGGUGGCAGCCGGCCGGGGCCCGAGAGGCCUGCUGGGCAGCGUGGCGCACACCCUGCAGAGGGCCUUGCAGAGCACCGUCUCCGUCGUGACCUGGGUGCCAGUGGCCAUGCUGGGCGCCGCCGGGAGGGCGCUGCACCUCACACCCGCCCGCGCCGGGGCCGCCACCCCCAAGAGCAGGGCCAUGUCCCUGUCGGACGCGCUGAAGGGCGUGACCGACAACGUGGUGGACACCGUGGUGCACUACGUGCCGCUCCCCAGGCUGUCGCUGAUGGAGCCCGAGAGCGAAUUCCGGGACAUCGAAAACCCGCCGCCGGAGGCCGAGCGCCGGGGGGCCUGUGCAGCGGCUGACCCCAGCAGUGACCCACGCCGGCCUGUCGACUCCGACGGCGGCAAGCGUGCAGUCUCUGGCGUGCUGCACCUGUGA